UGGAUUUUCCUCCCUGUGAUAGUGAUACCAGGGAAGCCAUCAAGGAGCUGCAGUGAGGUGGGAGGGAGGCAACACAGGAGCAGUGCAUGUGCAAAGGCCCUGGGGCUGGUGCUGGUUGCAUCUGCUCCAGGAGCAGAAAGGACGCCUGAGGGUGUGAAUGAGGAAGACUGUGGAGCCUCUCUGCCCUUCGCCAUCCUGACUCUGGUGAACACCCCAUACAAGCGAGGAUUCUACUGUGGAGAUGACUCCAUCCGGUACCCCUACCGUCCAGACACUAUCACCCACGGGCUCAUGGCUGGGGUGACUAUCACAGCCACUGUCCUCCUUGUCUCAGCAGGUGAAGCCUACCUCGUCUACACAGACCGCCUCUACUCCCGCUCUGACUUCAACAACUAUGUGGCUGCUGUCUACAAGGUGCUGGGGACCUUCAUCUUCGGGGCAGCUGUGAGCCAGUCAUUGACGGACCUGGCUAAGUACAUGAUUGGCCGUCUGCGUCCGAACUUCCUGGCUGUCUGUGACCCGGACUGGAGUCGGGUCAAUUGCUCUGUCUAUGUGCAGCUGGACAAAGUGUGUAGAGGGAGUACGGCCAAUGUCACUGAGGCCAGGUGACAUGACAGCCAGUCCUGAGAGUCAUCAGC